GGCGGGGGGCCCCCCUCCCAACCUUUCUGCUUCUCCCGGAAGUGGAGCUUCCACUCCGGAUUGCUGCUCUGCCCCAUAGCUGGGGGGGGGGGCGCUUUCGGAAAGGGGAGGGAGGAGGCAGGGGACCCCCCCCCCCGUGGAUGUUGCAGGAAACGAGAAUCGGGAGAGAGGAGAAAGAGGUAAAGGGGUCGCGGGGGGGAAGGAGAGGGAGGGGGUAAGGACCCAGAGACCCCCGCCAGCUCCCCCAAGCGCCUUCCGUGGGGCCUGGAUCCUGGCACGCGUGCUGCGAAGGGGGCUUUCCUCGCAGGGCGGACCCCUCACCCGUCUCCCCUGGCUCUGCGCGGAGAAAAGCGGCCCAUGAAAGGGUUAAGGGGCGCGAGAGACGCCUGGAUAGAGACCCCCCUGUCCCUCCCCUGCUUCUCUUGGGGGGGCGCCUCUGGCUGGAGAGAUGGGGGCGCAGGACGUCAGGUGAGCGGCGCCAAGGUAGCGUCUGGAUGCAGGGGAGACUCCGAGAGAGAGGGAUGGGGUCAAGGAAAUUGGGGGGGGGGGAGGGAGAGGAGCAUCCCUGGGGUAGGGAAGGGCAGCAUUGGCGGCGGGGGGGGGGGGGAGAUAUCGCGUCUCCAUUGUGGCAGCUGCGGGGGAUCUCUGGUGGAACAGCCUUGGCCUCUCUCUCCCGCCCAGUAAUCGACCCCCCCCCUUCAAGGCGACCAGAGAGGGAUCCCUGGAAAGUGGGGGGUCCUGUCCCCCCACCCUUCCUUCCUGCAUUCUCCAUCCUCUUCCUGCCCCAUAAGCCCCUGCCCUGUCCAGACACAGCGACUCUGCCCAGUCCAACCAUUGGUCCCCUGGAGAGGAGAGGAAAUCCAGAGGAAGAGAUGUCAGUAUUUGUAAGAAGAAAAGAAAAGCUUCUGGCCUCCCUUUGUCGCCUCAGCCUGGUCCUUGGGCCCUUGGCAGCAUAAAAGAUUAUUAUUAUUAUUAUUAUUAUUACAGACGCUUCAGGUUACAGACUCCACUAACCCAGAAAUAGUACCUCAUGUUAAGAACUUUGCUUCAGGAUGAGAACAGAAAUCGUGCUCUGGCGGUGCAGCGGCAGCGGGAGGCCCCCUUAGCUAAAGUGGUGCUUCAGGUUAAGAACAGUUUCAGGUUACGAAUGGAACUCCGGAACGAAUUAAGUACUUAACCCGAGGUACCACUGUAUUCUAAAAAGUCUUUCUGCAAAAGCGACUGACCAACUGUACACACAUCAACACUGCCAGCUUUCACCAACCAACCAAGCCAAUUCCAAACUAACAUUUCUCACUCUAUAUAUACAACCCGCAGCUUUUUAAGCAUUAAAGAAACAGCGGCCAAUUUUUAGCUGUGACAAGAGAGGCGGGGAGAGGCCUUCUCAGAAGCGGCGCUUGGUUUCCGCAAUCCCACCCAGGAAGCAGCCAGGAACCUUUUCCUCUCUCUCAGGCUUCCAUCUUUAAGCGUCUUUUCCACUGAGGAUGAGGAUAAUGUACACCUGUCAUCAGAAACAGGGGUGCAGAGUCCAUGGAAUGGCUCUCAGGAUUGAUACAGAAGCUGCACCUCAAAAGCAUUUUUUUUCUUUUUUUUAUAAUUUUUAUUAAAGUUUUAAACAACAAAAGAAAGAAAAACAACACACACAAAAAACAGUACAAAACUCAACAAUAAAAAACACAAAGCAUAACAAUUAAAAACAAACUCUCUUUUCCAUUUCCAAUUUUAAAUUACUUAUUUUCUGGACUUCCUCAUACCUCCCUCUUUUGUAUUCCAAUCCACAUUAUUUGUCCAGCAGUUUCUUUUCCACUUUUUAAUCCCAAUCUUAAAUUUAAUAAAAUGUUAAAAUAUAUAACUUCAACUUUUUUAAACCUAAUCCUUGAUCUUAAUAUCAUAUAACUUUAAAAUUUUCCCUUUUAAUAUCAAAUUUCCAUUUCUUUAAACAUCUUUAAUCUUGAUCUUUAAUCUUAAUCUAUCAUUAACUUUAACCUGUGCAGCUGGAAACCACUUACUUUCAGUCCAACAUCCCUUUAACAUUCCUUAAUUUUGCAAUGUUUCUGAAGAUAGUCUUUGAAUUUCUUCCAGUCUUCCUCCAUCGACUCUUCUCCCUGGUCACGGAUUCUACCAGUCAUUUCCGCCAAUUCCAUAUAGUCCAUAAGUUUCAUCUGCCAUUCCUCCAGCGUGGGAAGUUCUUCUGUCUUCCAAUACUUUGCGAUGAGUAUUCUUGCUGCUGUUGUUGCAUACAUAAAGAAAGUUCUAUCCUUUUUAACACCAUUUGGCCCACUAUGCCCAGGAGAAAGGCCUCUGGUUUCUUAGGGAAGGUAUACUUAAAUACCUUUUUUAAUUCAUUAUAUAUCAUUUCCCAGAAAGCCUUAAUCUUUGGGCACGUCCACCAAAGGUGAAAAAAUGUACCUUCAAUUUCUUUACAUUUCCAACAUUUGUUAUCGGGCAAGUGAUAGAUUUUCGCAAGCUUGACUGGGGUUAUGUACCACCUGUAUAUCAUUUUCAUAAUAUUCUCUCUUAAGGCAUUACAUGCCGUAAAUUUCAUACCUGUGGUCCAUAACUGUUCCCAGUCAGCAAACAUAAUGUUAUGUCCAACGUCCUGUGCCCAUUUAAUCAUAGCCGAUUUUACCGUUUCAUCUUGAGUAUUCCAUUUCAGCAGCAAGUUAUACAUUCUUGACAAAUUCUUAGUCUUGGGUUCUAACAAUUCUGUUUCUAAUUUGGAUCUUUCCACCUGGAAGCCAAUUUUCCUGUCCAAUUUAAAUACCUCCAUUAUCUGAUAAUAAUGAAGCCAGUCUCGCACUUUGUUUUUUAGUUUUUCAAAACUCUGCAAUUUCAGUCUAUCUCCGUCUUGUUCCAAAAUUUCCCAAUAUUUCGGCCAUUUGACCUCCAUAUUGACCUUUUUCAAGGCUUUCGCUUCCAUUGGUGACAGCCACCUUGGGGUUUUGUUUUCUAACAAAUCCUUAUAUCUUAUCCAAACAUUAAACAGCGCUUUCCUGACAAUGUGGUUUUUAAAUGCUUUAUGUGCUUUGACCUUAUCAUACCAUAAAUAUGCAUGCCAUCCAAAUACAUUAUUAAAACCUUCUAGGUCCAAAAUGUCAGUGUUUUCAAGAAGUAGCCAUUCUUUCAACCAGCAAAAGCUGCUGGUUCAUAGUAAAGUUUGAGGUCUGGCAGGGCAAAUCCACCUCUUUCCUUUGCAUCCGUUAGUAUUUUAAAUUUUAUUCUGGGUUUCUUGCCCUGCCAGACAAAUUUAGAAAUAUCUUUCUGCCACCUCUUGAAACAAUCCAUUUUGUCCACAAUCUGCAAAGUUUGAAACAAAAACAACAUUCUAGGCAAUACAUUCAUUUUUAUCGCAGCAAUACGGCCUAGCAGUGAAAGCUUCAAAUUUGACCAAAUUUCUAAAUCUUUUUCACUUCUGACCAACAUUUUUCAUAGUUAUCUUUAAAUAAAUUCCCAUUUUUGCUGUCAUGUUAAUCCCCAGGUAUUUAACUUUCUUAACCACUGUUAAACCUGUCUCAUUCUGAAACCUCUCUCUUUCAAACGGUGUUAAAUUUUUCUCUAGAACCUUGGUUUUUGAUUUGUUCAAUUUAAAUCCUGCCACUUGACAAAUUCUUGAAUCAGUUCUAAAACCCUUUUAGUACUAGAUUCUGGCUCCUGUAACGUCAAUACUAAGUCAUCUGCAAAUGCUCUCAAUUUAUAGUGUUUAGUUCCGACCCAAAAGCAUUUCUGUUCCUCUUAUUCUUUGUAGCCAAAGUCAGAGUGACUGACAAGCUGAGAUGCAAUCCAUCAGCAUCCGGUGACAGCGACUGCAUGAAUCUUUUGUCACGUGACAAAGACACAUGAGAGCAGAAGCAGCAAAGCAGGCUGGGAAGUGCAGGGACUGCACAGUCCUUUGGGCCUACUCAAUUUAUUCAGCCCUAACGGCUAACUGUGGAGUCAUUCUGACAUGUGACGUAGUAGCCAGUUGCAAUUUGUGCUCUCUGUAAGAUUUCAGCAAGAGUCUGUCUGUCUCAGCCGUGAGCAGAGUCUGUAUGCAAUCUCAGUCAAACUGUUUGGAACCAUACUGUUUAUGAAGAAGCUUAUUUUAAUUCAGUAAAGCUUUUAUUCUUUAAAACUCUGCAUUAUUAAUUUAUGCUGCGUGUCAUCUUCCCAGUCAAAGGACCCAUUUUCAGGAUAGACAGUGCCUGUGGCUGGAGGCUCUACACACCGGGUGUGCCUGUGGAGGCCAAAGACUGCCAGUAUUAGCACAGGUGAGGUGUGUGACCUCCCCAAAUUUACUGACUGUAUAUAAAUGAGAAGUCGUGGGUGGGAUUAUAUUUUACAGCAACCCUGUGAUUUUCUCCACCCAUAACAUUUUGUGAGCUGAUAUAGCAGUACGAAUUCCAAAAUAACUUCUAAAAACCCCACAAGAUCAUCAUCAUCAUCAUCAUCAUCAUCAUCGCAUUCAUACCCCCAGGCCUUAGUUUGCCUCCCCAUGAUCUAGAGAAAACACCAGCUUUGAAUCAUACAGAGUAAAACUACCAGAACCUUCUUGAACCGAUAGGUUAGGAAUUAUCGCUGUACUUAGAUCCGUACUUUUCUAUGCCUGAAAAAUGCAACCAUGACACUGGGAAUGUUCAGGAAUGCAGGAGAGGAUAUAUUGUUUGAUUAUAUCCUUUCCAACUUGUGUUAACAAGUUGUACAAUUUAGCAGAGUAACAUUCCCCUCUUUAAACUAACAGCGGAUGCAUUUGCUCAGGCUUGCUAAAGCCUCUAAAAUAAGUUUCCUUGGUAAUUCCCACAUUAGUCCCUCAUAAAAAGAUAGACAUGACACAAUCUUCUAUAAAAGUAUAAAAAGAGUUUACUCACACAUUCUGUUCACAAAUGGAUCCCAGAAGGCGGUGACCCCCAGGCUGCACACCUGGUCCUUCACGGGCACAGUUACCCCAUCAGGACCAGGAAUGCCCCCACCCUCCCCCAGGGACAGUAUUUUUGACUUGUCAGGAUUCAACCUCAAUGUGUUAGCUGCCAUCCAUCCUCCAACCACCUCCAAACAGACACACAGGGCAUUCACCAUCUUCACUACUUCCGAUUUGAAAGAGAGGAAGAGCUGGGCAUCAUCCACAUACUGGUGAACACCCAGCCCAAACCCCCUGAUGAUCUCUCCCAGCAGCUUCAUAUAGAUAGUAAAAAGCAUGGGGGAGAGAAUGGAGUCCUGAGGCACCCCACAAGUAAGCAUCCAGGGGUCUGAACACUCAUCCCCCAAGACCACUUUCUGGACAUGGCCCAGGAGGAAGGAGGGGAACCACUGCAUAGCAGGGCCCCCGGCUCCCCUAGAGGGUCCAGAAGGACACCAUGGCCAAAGGUCUCCAAAGCCGCUGAGAAAACCAGGAAACAGCUUCCCCCUCAGCCUCUGGCCCGUUGGAGAUCAUCAACCAGCACAACCAGGGCAAUUUCAGUCCCAUGAUGAGGCCUGAAUCCCCAUUGGAAGGAUCAUGGCGGCAGGAGCUUUCUUGGUCCUGCACCCCCAAAAGCUCCAGCCACAAGACUUUCAUUAGCUUUGAAGGGGCCACAUGAUACACUGUGGUCUUUUCUUCGAAAAAUAAAUAUUUUGAAUACUUUUACAGUGCCGUAUGAUGUAAAUAUGGGAUCCGGGUGGCGCUGUGGGUUAAACCACAGAGCGUAGGACUUGCCAAUCAGAAGGUCAGCAGUUCAAAUCCCCGUGAUGCGGUGAGCUCCCAUUGCUCGGUCCCUGCUCCUGCCAACCUAGCAGUUCGAAAGCACGUCAAAGUGCAAGUAGAUAAAUAGGUACUGCUCUGGCGGGAAGGUAAACGGCGUUUCCAUGCGCUGCUCUGGUUCGCCAGAAGCGGCUCAGUCAUGCUGGCCACAUGACCCGGAAGCUGUAUGCCGCUGGCUCCCUCGGCCAAUAAAGCGAGAUGAGCGCCGCAACCCCAGAGUCGGCCACGACUGGACCUCAUGGUCAGGGGUCUCUUUACCUUUACCUUUAUGAUGUAAAUUUUGUUUCUGUUUCCCUUGUUCCACAUCGGAGAGACUUUGAUACACAGCUCUGAGCCCAUCUCCCCACUUGAAACUGCUGUGUUUGUAGCACUGCCAGCCUAGCCAACAAGACCCCCUUCUCAGCCUGGCUGAUAUGGUCCCAAGGAAAGCAGAGCAGUAUGUUUGGCACCAGCUUGGCUGCAGGAGUUGAAUGAAGAAGGUGUGCAGGACACCAUCCAACCGUCUUAGAGACUCCACUCUGAAAUUGUGUGGGUUUCCCUCCAUAGCCUUUUCUUCUCCUGAACAUAACUCACGAGGCAGUGAAGGUUUAGGACCAGAGUUUUCCUUCUCGAUGGGCUUCCUUCCCCGGUUGACGAUCCCAUCUGCCCUUCACUUUCCUCUUCCGCACGGGCAGAAUCUGCCUUCUAGACUGUGGGAUUCACUGUUCUUCUCCUCCUCUCCAUCCACCAGGGCUUGACUUCAGGUGCAGCAGAAUUCCCCAGCCCCCCAAGGAUUUGAGACCCAUCAGCUUUCCUCACCUGGUUUUGCCAGCCGGUUGAAGCCAUUCCUGGGAUUGUGGCCCCUGUUGCAUCCUGACAGCUUCUGGAAGGCACAGGUGAGAGCUGAGUGCAGGGUGGGGACCACCAAAGGUACUACCGCUCCCAUGACACCUCAUGACAUCAUAUAAUAGCUACAUUUGAGACAGAACCGGAAUAAAUUCAUGUCUCUAGAAAUAACACAACUUCAGGCCAUCAAUAAUUCAACACUACAUAUUCAAGGUUGAAGUUUUCACUAGUACAGUUAUCCAUUUGCCUUUAAUAUGCAGCUUUUCAGUGUCACUUUAGGAUGGGCUCGAGAUCAGGCAGCACAUCAUUAUUAUAAGGAACAGUGGGGGUCUGGGAUUCCAAUGUGCCAGCUGCUUUUCUUCUGCUUCUCCUGCUAGAAUCAUAGAAUCAUAGAAUCAUAGAAUCAUAGAGUUGGAAGAGACCACAAGGGCCAUCGAGUCCAACCCCCUGCCAAGCAGGAAACACCAUCAGAGCACUCCUGACAUAUGGUUGUCAAGCCUCUGCUUAAAGACCUCCAAAGAAGGAGACUCCACCACACUCCUUGGCAGCAAAUUCCACUGUUGAACAGCUCUUACUGUCAGGAAGUUCUUCCUAAUGUUUAGGUGGAAUCUUCUUUCUUGUAGUUUGGAUCCAUUGCUCCGUGUCCGCUUCUCUGGAGCAGCAGAAAACAACCUUUCUCCCACCUCUAUGUGACAUCCUUUUAUAUAUUUGAACCCAUAUGGCUAUCAUAUCACCCCUUAACCUCCUCUUCUCCAGGCUAAACAUGCCCAGCUCCCUUAGCCGUUCCUCAUAAGGCAUCGUUUCCAGGCCUUUGACCAUUUUGGUUGCCGUCCUCUGGACACGUUCCAGUUUGUCAAUGUCCUUCUUGAACUGUGGUGCCCAGAACUGGACACAGUACUCCAGGUGAGGUCUGACCAGAGCAGAAUACAGUGGCACUAUUACUUCCCUUGAUCUAGAUGCUAUACUCCUAUUGAUGCAGCCCAGAAUUGCAUUGGCUUUUUUAGCUGCCGCGUCACACUGUUGGCUCAUGUCAAGAUUGUGGUCAAGCAAGACUCCCAGAUCCUUUUCACCUGUACUGCUCUCAAGCCAGGUGUCACCCAUCUUGUAUUUGUGCCUCUCAUUUUUUUUGCCCAAGUGCAAUACUUUACAUUUCUCCCUGCUCUCUCCAUGCAAUGUGAGGCAUGUAGAUGGAGGUCCAUCUCCAAGAACAGGAGCUUCCUGAGCACCCAUUCAGCUGACCCCAAGCACCAAGCCUUGUCACUAGUUCUCUGACUGACCCAGACCACAGUCCCUGGAGAAGAUGUAGACCUGGGUCUCCCAAAAUGGUCCACAUGGACCUCUUGUGGCCAAUGAGACUGUGCAGGUGAUUCAUAAAGAUCUAGAGGUGGAUGCAGGAUUAUGAUGCAGAGGAUGGGGAAUGUCCAAAGGAACGAUGGACCAGAGAAAGAGAGGGCCUGUUCACGGACAGUGAGCAGCUGCCUUUCCUGUGAGGAAACAAUUGAUUUGAAAAGGCUGUAUUCCAAGAUCAUGCUGCUUUAUUAACAAUGAUUGAGGAUUAUGAAAGGUGGUGAUGCAUUACUAUCAUUUGAUGACAUUGCUUUUUCAUUUCCAAAAAAUUGGGAACAUGGGUAGGAGGCGGGGGAAUGUAGGAGAUGUUGAUAUAAGACAGUGCUAAUGGCACUUGAUGUGUUGUCUGUCCCUUUGUUCUCUUUCUUGUAACCCAAACAGGAUUUUCUUUCCUCCCACUUUGAAGAAGGUGAUGGAGAAGACAUUCAGAAUUCCAAGGAAUGGGGCACCUUUCGUUUCAUGAGGAAUAGAAGUUAAAAUGUGUGAAAUGUGGGAUAUGCUUCAUUGAAUGAGGACACAUAGCUCACAUCAAUGACUCCGAGAGGAGAAACCAUUUAAAGGUAUGGAGUGUGGGAAAAGUUUCACUGAUAGUGGAAAACUUAGAACACAUCAGUGGAUUUACAUGGACAAGAAAGGAUUACAAUGCAGGGAGUGUGGAAGAACUUCAGUCAGAGAGGAUUACUCAAUAUACAUGAGCGGACUCACACAGGGGAAAAACCUUUUAAAUGCAUGGAGUGCGAGAAAAGCUUCCAUCAGAGUGGACACUUAAGUUCACAUCUACGGAUUCACACGGGUGAAAAACCUUUUAAAUGUAUAGAGUGCGGAAAGAGCUUUAGUGAUAGUGGACACCUUAGAAAACAUCAACGGAUUCACACAGGGGAGAAACCAUAUAAAUGUAUAGAGUGCGGAAAGAGCUUUAAUCAUACUGGAGACCUUAGAAAACAUCAACGGAGUCACACAGGGGAGAAACCAUAUAAAUGUAUAGAGUGCGGAAAGAGCUUCAGUCAGAGUGGAGACCUUAGAAAACAUCAACGGAUUCACACAGGGGAGAAACCAUUUCAAUGUAUGGAGUGUGGAAGAAGCUUCUGUCAGAGUAGACAGUUAAGUUCACAUCUACGGAUUCACACGGGUGAAAAACCUUUUAAAUGCAUGGAGUGUGGGAAGAGCUUCAGGCAGAAUGGAGAACUUAAAUUACACCAGCGAAGUCACACUGGUGAAAAACCAUAUAAAUGUAUGGAGUGUGGAAAGAGCUUCAUUCAGAGUGGGCAGUGCAAUAUGCAUCAACGGACUCACACAGGGGAGAAACCAUAUAAAUGUAUAGAGUGUGGAAAGAGCUUUAGUGAUAGUGGAGACCUUAGAAAACAUCAACGGAUUCACACAGGGGAGAAACCAUAUAAAUGUAUAGAGUGCGGAAAGAGCUUCAGUCAGAGUGGAGACCUUAGAAAACAUCAACGGAUUCACACAGGGGAGAAACCAUUUCAAUGUAUGGAGUGUGGAAAAAGCUUCUGUCGGAGUGGAUACUUAAGUUCACAUCAACGGACUCACACGGGUGAAAAACCAUAUAAAUGUAUGGAGUGUGGAAAGAGCUUCAGUCGGAGUGGACACCUCAAUAAUCAUCACCAGACUCACACAGGGGAGAAACCAUAUAAAUGUAUGGAGUGUGGAAAGAGCUUCAGUCGGAGUGGCCACCUCAAUAACCAUCACCAGACUCACACAGAGGAGAAACCAUAUGAAUGCAGGGAGUGUGGAAAGAGCUUCAGUCAAAAUGGAUACCUUAAAACACAUCAACGGAUUCACACAGGGGAGAAACCAUAUAAAUGUAUGGAGUGCGGAAAGAGCUUCAGUCAAAAUGGAUACCUUAAAACACAUCAACGGAUUCACACAGGGGAGAAACCAUAUAAAUGUAUGGAGUGCGGAAAGAGCUUCAGUCAAAAUGGAUACCUUAAAACACAUCAACGGAUUCACACAGGGGAGAAACCAUAUAAAUGUAUAGAAUGUGGAAAGAGCUUCAGUUACCAUUCAGGCCUUAGAUCACAUCAACGGACUCACACAGGCAAGGGAAAACCAUAUGAAUGUAUGGCAUGCGGGAAGAGCUUCAGUCAAAAAGGAGACCUUAAAUUACACCAGCAGACUCACACAGGGGAGAAUCCAUUUAAAGCAUGGAAUGUGGAAAGAGCUUCAGUUUCAAUGCAAGCCUUAGAAGACAUCAACUGGCUCACACAGGGGGGAAACCAUUUAAAUGCAUUGAGUGCGGAAAGAGCUUCAGUCAGAAUGGAGACCUUAAAACACAUCAACAGAUUUACACAGGAGAAACCAUAUAAAUGUGUGGAGUGUGGAAAGAGCUUCAUUCAGAUUGGAAACCUUAGAAAACAUCAACGGACACACAGGGAAGAAACCAUUUAAAUGUAUGGAGUUUGGAAGGAGCUUCAGUCCGAGUGGAACCCUUGAUUUACAUCAACAAACUCCCACAUGAGAGAAACCAUAUAAAUGUCAAGUAGACAGAGGUUCAGUCCUAGUGGAAGUCCUACAUCAACAGACUCAUGGACAGGAAGAACUUUAACAGUUGACACCCUACAAACCCAUCAACCCUCAAAGAGGAGAAGCUGUUUAAAGGAAAAGAUUGCAGAAAGUGCUUUAGUUAUAAUGGAGUGUUUAAGGAACAUCUAAGGACUCAGAGGGGAGAACCCAUUUAGAUGUAUGAAGUGAGGAACGUGUUCCUUUCAGAGUCCACUCUUUUGUUCACAGCAAUGAACUCAACUUAGCAGAAAAUCCAUUUUAAAAGCAUGUCAUGUAUUUGAAGUUCUGGUGUUUAUAUAUAAAAUUGUAUAGUAAUGAAAUAAUGAAGUAUAAUAGUGAGUAUAAUUUUAGAUGUAAGGUACCUUUUGAUAGUGAGGGGGAGUUGGUGAAUCUGGAUUUCUAGUGGUGAAUGAGGAUUAGGGCUGGGCGAUCUAUUAAUCUCAUCCUAUACCGGUUUCUAGACCACAUUGUGAUAACUUUUCAAAAACAAUUGAUAUGGCAACACACCACAGAUCACAGUGCGUUUUUCUGGGAAAAACAUUUGCCUGGAAGCAGCCGGCAGAAAGCUUUUCUUCGUGAAGCCCCUGCAGAUGCUGAGUUUCUGACUUCCCUCCCAGACGACAGGAAGCGAAAGACACACCUCCAUUGCCCUGUGUCCUUCCAGCCUCUUUCCUCCCUUGCUCCCUUCUGCCGGUUUGUGUGCCUGACUUGGAUAUCCUGUGUGCUCUAUUUUUCUAUUGCUGAAACUGGAUUUGCUCUCAGGAGCUAAGUUUUGUGCCUCACUGGGGACCCAGUGAGAACUGUAUGCUUUGAAAGCUCAGUAAACUGUUACUGAAGAAGU